AUGCGCCCAGGAAUGGCUGUAAUUGUUCUGAGCGGGAAAUACGCUGGCCGUAAAGCUAUCAUUAUUAAAAACUAUGAUGAUGGCUCAGCUCAGAAACCGUAUGGCCAUGCUCUUGUUGUCGGUAUCGACCGUUAUCCUCGUCGCAUUUUGCGGAAAAUGAGCAAAAAACGAAUCGAGGGGCGUUCUAAGAUAAAACCCUUCAUGAAACUUGUCAAUUACAAUCAUAUUAUGCCUACCAGACACACAAUCGUCAUACCAUUCGACGCUAGCGUUGUUAACAAGAACAGUCUGGUUGAUAAGCGAAAGAAAAGGACAGCGCUCCUGGAGGUCAAAAAGAAACUUCAGGAAAGGUAUCGCACCAACGAAAAUCCCUGGCUCUUUCGCAAACUGCGAUUCUGA